AUGGAGGGGUCAAGUAAAAUGAAGGCUGAGAGGAAGCCAGUAAGAGAAGACUCUGGAGGGGCUUGGCCAGUGGUUGCUCAACAACGGCUUCGGUGGUUGCAACUGGGGUGGGCAGGGGGCGUCUGGCCACGUGGCCCACAGCAUCAUUUUCUUUCUCCAGGACCUGCCAGGUUUGCCCUGUUUCUGCUCUGCUGCAUGGAAACCUUGCUGCCCUCCCAUAUGGCACCCACCCAUCGACUACAACCAAGUGACGUCCGAAAAAUAAUCUUGGAAUUACGGCCCAUGUCUAAGGGACUUUUGCAAGACUACCUGAAGAAGGAGAUGGGGUUGCCAGAAUCUAACCAUUCCUCGUUACCGUGUCUCAGCUCUGACUCCCAACUGCCGCACAUCAAUGGCUCCGCCAUCCUGCCUUAUUUCAGGGCGAUCAGACCAUUGUCAGAUAAGAAUACGAUCGAUAAAAUCAUAGAACAGCUGGACAAACUCAAAUUUCAACGUGAACCAGAAGCAGAAGUUUCUAUGCCUGCAGACAACUUUGAACGUAAAAACUUCAUCUUGGCCGUUUUACAACAGUUCUCAGCGUGCCUGGAACAUGUGCUUCAAUCAUUGAAUUCUGGAUCCCAGUAG